AUGGCGACCCCCCACAGCCGCUCACCCACCGGCGACGACGACACCCGACCAGCGAAGCGCGCUCGGCAUUCCCCGCCACCUGGCACCAUGAACGGCAACGGCAACGGUCACUCCGCAGACGCCAUGUCCCCUCUAUCUCUCUCCAUACUGGGAGUCGAACCUCUGGACGAGUUUACGGUAGAGAUUGCCGACUUCAUACACCAUCAUAUUGUCAAUAGGCCGCCGGGGUUGACGGGGCAUAUCGAGGUGGAGGCGAAGUUGGGUGUGUUGAAGGGCAAGGGGACGGACCAGAGGCUUGCUUUACCUGUAUCUACGGAGACUGUUAUCAAUGCGGGAUAUAACCAAGAACUGCGGUUCGACGCCAAUAUGAGCAUGCAACAACAUAAACACUUCAACAUGCUCCUGAACGACCUCAAGACUGGUGUGCACCAACGGCCGCCCGGCUCAUCGGACAUAUCCUACGCACAUCUGCACCUGAAGGACUCAUUCUACGAGGGCGAACACCGCAGCGAGAAGAUCCGCGUGACACGCGACGAGCGGACGAAUGAGGUUCUCGAGACGCUGAGGAAGGUUAGGCUGGGUGAUAUGAAUGUAUAUUGUCCAAAGAGAGCGUGCGACUGGAGGAUUAGCGUCAACGUCGAAAUACCGGUCGAGCACCCUGUUGGUACGCCCACACAUACGCGGAAGAAAGACAGGAUUAGCUAUACGCAUGAAGAGCUCCGGAUAGACCUGACACAGGUCACAUCGCAACAAGGUGGACCAAGCGGACCCACUGAGAUAACACACGAACUCGAGAUUGAAGUCGCCCGCCCGGCGCUUCUGAUGGAGUUGGCGUCUAAACGCGGAGACGGGAGCUUGCCAGAUCAGGAGCGCGACGCGUUCAACGAACUCAUCCGGGCCUUCGUAAACAAUGCCCGGAUCCUUGUACGCAAUGCAGAUGGCUGA